CAACACUUCUCCCAGACGUAAACAAAUUCGCCAUCAUCAACUUAUUCAUAUUCAAUCCGAAACCACUCGUCUAAGCUAUUUCGCAGGUUUCUACUUCUUAUUGAAUCAUCAUCUUUCUACGCACAUCUGCCUUGGAUCUGCCUUGGGUGGCCUCAAUAGUUACUUCUUCCGGUACAUCUUUCGAUUUCCACUACUACAACUACUUCCAUCCUUACCCCUAAGUUAUUUACAUAUCCAAUAAGAAGCCCCUAAGCUUUCAUUCAAACAUCCUCGUCUAAGACACAAUGGAGUCCGCAAAAGCUACUAGGCUUAGAAAGGAGGCAAAGGCUAUCGUCGCCGACCGAAGAAAGUAUAAGCUAAAGUAUCGUUCGAUGCAACGAUGGGUUUACGACAAGUACAAGCCCAUCACCACUGGUGGCGAUGAAGAAGCUCAAUCCGACGCUUACGACAGAGAAACUUCUGCUGAGAACGCGCGUAUCAGCACACAGCCAGCAAAGCGUUCAGUUUGGCAUCUCCCGUCCUCGUCAAAUGGACGACCAGGGCCAAGAGGCUUGACUCUAGGCACGAUGCUUCAGGUCGCGGAACAGUGCUACCAUGUUUCCACCAACAAUUUCGACAGUAUGAGCUUGUGUGAUCACAUCCACUACAUCCAGGAAGCAUUACAACUAGAUAACUCACCGGUACCAGUUUCUAAAGCACUGGUGACUCGGCCUUUAGUAGUCCAGGCCCAGCAUCAACAAUAUCUAGCUAAGGAAGAUUUCACAGCCUGUGUAGCCAAGAUCGCUAUUCACAGCAACCUACCAGAAAUCUUCAAGCAAAACUUGAAAACGUGCAAGGACUGUUACGAUAAAUUCCGGCCUGAUCUAUUGUCUUGUGCUUGUGCCAAGACCAAGCAAACCUGCCUCCACGGUCCAUGUCGCUACCACCCAGGUCAAAUUAAAUCCUGGGGACCGAAGUGUAGUAAUGCGGAUUUUCUGACCAAGGAAAAGGUCAAUAUUCAGGAAUUCGACAUAUGGAUUCAUCAGUGCUACUGGGACUGCUGUGGCGCCAAGCUGGUACCCGUCGAUCCUGAUACGGUACGGCGUAGCCAUAAGAAGAAGAAGACUGCUCCGCAGCCUUGGGAGGUUGCAAAUGAUAUGGACGGAAGCGUGGGUUGUAUGACCCGGGACCAUCACGUUGCGAUUCAGUAGCGUGCUAUCGUUACUUACGGUUCUACUUGGAGUUGUUGGAUAUUGUCAUUGGUCCUAUUGACCACGGAUGGAAAAGACAUGGCUCGGAAAGAGCGCGCAAAUAUAUAUAGGGUUACAGGACAGGAUAUGAUACCCCAUGGCGUUUAGUAAUUGUCAUAUGAAUUUAAAUUCAGCAG